GUGAUUUUGGGAGAGUAUCGCUGGAUGUCGUAUGACCAGGUGUAUAAAGAAGUGAGAGCGUUCGGGAGCGGUUUGGCUUCUCUAGGACAGAAACCUCUGAAAAACAUUGCCAUCAUCUGCGAGACCAGAGAGGAGUGGAUCAUAGCGGCACAAGCCUGUUUCAUGUACAACUUCCCAUUGGUAACGCUUUACUCUACUCUGGGAGGUCCUGCUAUUGCUCAUGGACUCAAUGAAACUGAAGUUUCCCACAUCAUCACAAGCAAAGACCUUCUGGAAACCAAACUCAAGGACAUUUUGCUGGAGGUCCCGAGAUUACGACACAUCAUCAUAGUUGACGAUAAGCUCAACAGCGGCUCUGAAUACCCACGAGGCAUCAGUGUCCACAGCAUGGCGGCUGUGAAGAGACUUGGGGCCCUUCCUGAGAAUGCGUCGAGGCAGAGACAGUCUCCGCGUGCCGCUGAUGUGGCAGUGAUCAUGUACACCAGCGGCUCCACUGGAGUGCCAAAAGGAGUCAUGAUCUCUCACGGAAAUAUCAUUGCCGGAAUCACUGGCAUGGCAGAGAGGAUUCCCAACCUUGGUGCGGAUGACACAUACAUUGGCUACCUUCCACUGGCUCAUGUGUUAGAGUUGAGCGCUGAGAUGGUGUGUUUUGCUCACGGCUGUAGAAUCGGCUACUCUUCUCCACAAACUCUCUCAGACCAGUCAACCAAGAUCAAGAAGGGAAGCAAAGGAGACAUUAGUGUCCUGCAGCCCACUCUAAUGGCAGCAGUACCAGAGAUUAUGGAUCGAAUCUACAAGAAUGUAAUGCUAAAGGUGGAGGAAAUGAGCACGUUUCAGAGGACUCUGUUUCUACUGGCCUACAACUAUAAGAUGGAGCAGCUUGCGAUGGGAUACAGCACUCCACUGUGUGACAAGCUGGUCUUCCGGAAGGUUCGGGCGUUGUUAGGUGGACGUUUACGAGUGUUAUUGUCAGGUGGUGCACCUCUCUCUGCGGCAACCCAGCGGUUCAUGAACAUCUGCUUCUGCUGCCCUGUGGGUCAGGGCUACGGCCUAACAGAGACCUGCGGCGCCGGGACCAUCAGCCAGCUUUGGGAUUACAGUACAGGACGAGUUGGUGCACCAUUGGUUUGCUGUGAAAUUCAGCUUAAGGACUGGAUAGAGGGUGGCUAUCGCAGCACAGACCGGCCCUGCCCGCGAGGAGAGAUUCUCGUCGGUGGGCCAAACGUAACAAUGGGCUACUACAAGAACAAAAACAAGAACUGUGAGGACUUCUUCGUGGAUAAGAAAGGCCAGCGGUGGUUCUGCACUGGAGACAUCGGAGAGUUUCAUGGAGAUGGCUGUCUGAAGAUUAUCGACCGUAAGAAAGACCUGGUGAAGCUUCAAGCAGGAGAAUAUGUGUCUCUGGGAAAAGUGGAGGCCGUCCUGAAAAACUGCCCACUCGUCGACAACAUCUGUGCCUAUGCCAACAGUGACGAGUCUUACGUGAUUGGCUUUGUGGUGCCCAAUAAGAAGCAGCUCCUGGCGCUGGCUGAGAGGAAGUGUAUCAGAGGUUUGUGGGAGGAGCUUUGUAACAACCCUGUCAUCGAGGAGGAGGUGCUUAAAGUCAUCACAGAAGCAGCACUGACAGCCCAGUUAGAAAGAUUUGAGAUUCCCCGGAAGAUCUGCUUGAGCAUUGAGCCCUGGACUCCAGAGACCGGCCUGGUCACAGACGCUUUUAAACUCAAGCGAAAGGAGCUAAAAACUCACUACCAGGACGACAUUGAGAGGAUGUAUGGAGCUAAGUAGAACCAAACCCCUGCUGAUUCCAGACAAAAACGGUGGACAAGAGGGCCAGAAAAAGUAACUUAUCACACUAUAGCAAACUCCAAUCUGGAUGGAGAUUUCCCUUGGAGGUUACAGACACGUGAACAUAAUCAUUUGGAAAUGAUUUCAUACAGUUGAUUGAUCAGUAUGAAAUCUCACAACCAGCAAUACUCAAAGCUGCCAGACUUAAGCACACGCGGACAUGAUCCCCCCAGUGAUUGCUCAUAUCCUUCACAUAAACACCUCGAUCAGUCCGAAUGAGCUCGAUCUGAAUGACAUGGGUGGUGUAGACCUGAAAUAAUCCAUGAAUCUGACUAUUUUCUCAUUUGAAUUCAAUAAUACCUUGCGCACGUGCCUAGUGCUCUGAUCAGUAUUUAAAUGCGUUUUAUGUCAUACAAACGUGCAUAUGUAAUUUACAUUCAGUGGAUGAUACAAAAUAUGCAACAAAAAAAGAAAAAAGAACUCUUCUUUCUUUUGGUGACACUUAUUGCAGUGGCUUUCUCCGGUAAUAUACAUGAUGACUGAGCACUGUGUUUUUAAGCUUACUUUUUCAUUGAAACCUACAGUUUCAAACAAGUACAACUUGUAGAUAGACAAAGGCUGACGUAAACGUUGGAAUGGUUUCAUUAGGAUGUCUAAACUCAUCAGGAAAUCUUUAAGCCAUUAUUUGCUUGUUCAAUCUUUCCAUAAUUUGAAUUGAACUCUGUCGGGAGGAGACUGUGUGCAUAUUAACCAACGAUCUGGAAAAUCAAACGCCUUCAAGCUUAUUUUAAAUUAUUGUUAUAAUAAUCAGAUUUAUUUCAAUAUUAGAACAUGCUCAUUGGAGAGUAUGAAAUCACUAAACCGUUUCUGCUCAUUGGAUGAUUCUGAUUUAUGUGCAAGGAUUGGAAUGUUCCUAUUGGAUGACUGUAUAUCCUGCUGGACAGGAUAAUAGAUCUAGUAUAAUUCUUCUAAUAUAAACCAUUCAAACAUGUCCAUUAAACAUUUUAAACUGAAUUGAUUCAUUUCAAGGAGGUCUUCCUCUAUUUGUCUGUAAAGACACUGACAUGUGCUCGAGUUGUUUCAGAGCGUGUUGAACUGUUUCGUUUAGAAAUAAAUAAAUCUAAGACACCAGCUAAGCUGCAAA